AUGGCGGACAACACUACCGCUGUCCAUUUCAGGGACUCACCAGGCUAUGCGGGAAACAAGACCCUCUAUCUCAACACAGCCCUCAUCGUUUGCACUACCCUUGUGGUUGGUACAAGGUUGUACGUCAGAGCGUUUAUGUCGAAGGCCUUAGGACUGGACGACCUCAUUGCGUUUGUCGCGUUUGGCUUUGUAAUUGCACUCUCCGCAAUGGAUAUUCGCUUGGUUCAAUAUGGCAGCGGAGCGCAUGUCGACAAUGUCCCACAGGAAGAUUUGGCAAUAUGGUUCGAGUCGAUUGUUACACAGGUCUUGAUCUACUUUAUUGGCACCGGGCUAAUGAGGCUUUCGAUCGUUGCUUUUCUACCCCGCCUCAGCCAAGACAAAACCUACAUGAUUCUCGUUUACAUUACUGGAUUCUUCGUGAUCGCUCAGACGCUCGCGUGCUUUAUCUAUCGGUUGACCGAGUGCAGUCCAGUUGCGGAUAUAUGGAAGCCUCCUUUCAUGCCAGGUCUUGACUGUGUGCCCCCAGAAUCCGAAAAUAGCAUGAUGGUGGCGCACCAAAUAAGUGGUUUGGUUCUUGACCUGGCCUUAAUGGGGCUCCCGAUCUGGGUCGUCUACACCAAGAUGCUCUUCACCGAGAAGGCCUUUCAGGUCAUUCUCGUCUUCAGCGUGGGGAUAUUUGUGAUAGUGACGGGUUGCAUCCGUUUAUACAUGUUGACAACCCUCCUUUUCCUGGCCGAUCCAACAUUCAACAUGUCAACCAUCGGUGUCUGGACUGACCUUGAAGGACACAUCGGCCUAUGGGUUGCUUCCUUUCCUGCUCUUCAACCCAUCGUCCGUAUUAUUUCAUUCAAACUGGGCUUGAGGAGCAAGCUACAGAGUUACGGAAAAGACGGUCGAUCAAACACUGGCGGUGCAGCACGGUCCAAGUCCGCACCUUGGUCAGGGGUGACCAGAAGCAAGGGAUACGUGCGUAAUGGAAGCGGUGCCGACGACACCGAUAGCCACAGUGAAAGAGCUUUUGCACAAACCAAAGGCGAAGAUGUAGAGUUGGAUUCACGUGGGAAUAGGUUGACGGGGAUUCAAAGGAGGAUUGAGGUUGAGGUCCGGGUCGAUGAAGGCCAGGAUCACACUACUGGCGCAAGCUAUGCACCAGGUGGUGGCUCUAAAACGUGGCUUGCCAUUUGA